AUGUAUCAACCAAAAAUAACUAGUUUUUUAGUGAGAAAACGACGUAUAAAUGAAGACUAUGAUAUAGAAAACAAAAAAGUAAAGGCAAAUGCAUUACAUAAAAGUGCAGAAUUACCUGAUCCCUUAAAUUUAAGGGGAAAUGACAUUGAUCAGCCAGAACCUAGCCCUAGUCACUCUGAUCCUAAAUACAGCAGUAAUGAUAUAAAUCAUAAAGAUAAAGACAGCACAGUAAGUAAAUCUGGGAAAGAUAUUCAAACUAAUAAAAUAGUAGAAAGUAGCAUUAUUCACUAUGAGGGGUAUGCAAAGGAUGCCAUUGAAGAAUUUGUUGCUCUGGCUAAUGAAAAGUUGCUUCCGGUUUCUGGUAGCAAAGAAAAGUUUAAUUUAUCACCACACACAAACAUAACAGAAUUUUCAUUAUAUAACCAGAAUGGGGAUCUUGUGGAAAUUGAUAGGGAAUUUGUUAAUAGAGAUGAACAGAUCUACUUAGCUGGAUACCUAAAAUCAUUAAGUUUAGUUUCCCCUGAUGUUGAUGAAAAUUGCAUUCCUGUGAAGCAUGUUGGGCCUAUAUUAGCAUGGUUUAUUCGUGGUUUUGCUGAAAGCUGCAAAAACCGUAUCACCUUAUCUACUAAAAAUGGUGAUUAUAGUCUACUUAAACCAAGCAGUGAAUAUAAACCUUUAAUGACUAAUUUAUAUGAAAAGAUUUGGAUGUGUAAAGUUGUAGUAGAGUAUUUACAAGAAAAUGAGUACAUUCAACCCACAUAUGAAGAUUUGUUAUCAAUAAUAUGCCAAACAAAAAUACCUGACUUAAACGAUUUAAUGAUGUCUGAGGAAAUGUUGCAUAAACAUGCACAAUUUCUCUGUGACCAAAUUGCUGGACUAGAGUGUGAAGAAGAUUGUGAACCAUUGAUUAAAUUACCAUGCAUGAGGACACUAGUAAAACUAAUAGGAAUUGAAUUUCGUAAAGAAAAUAUUAUAGGUAAAAUAAAUUACAAGAAAUAUCAUAAAAAAUCAUGGUCAAAAGCAACUACAACACCUUUAAUUCAAAAGACAUUUGAGAAUUUCUUCACAAAACAACUAGACAUAAUUAAUAAUGAAGAAGUAUUGAUAAAAAGUAAGUGUGGAGUGUGUGGGCCAUGUCAACGUCCAGAUUGUGGGAAAUGCAGGUCUUGUCGUACUAUGCCCAAGUUUGGUGGUACAGGAACAACAACACAAAUCUGCAUCAAACGACGCUGUCCAAAUGUGGCUAUUCAGGACGCAGAGUUAUCGGAUGAGGGAGAUAAACAACACAUCCCAGAUAAGGCCAGGAGCCUGAAAAGAGAAAAAAUACCUCUAAAAAUUUCUAACGCGCUUAAGAACAUUAAAUGGAUUGGAGAUCCAAUACAAGUAGAUGCUACUAAAGUCUACUACGAAAAAGUCAAAGUAGAUGGAGCCGAAUAUAAUAAAGGAGAUUUUGUUAUGAUUCAGACUCGCUUAAAUAUCCCUCCAUUGGUAACAAGGAUUGUCUACAUGUGGAAAGACAUAAGAAACUCUAACAAGUGCUAUUUUCAUGCAGAAGUUUUUAUGCGAUCAUCUGCAACCGUUUUAGGCGAAGUUGGAGACCCCAGAGAAGUUUUUCUGGAGAAUAGAUGUAUUCACGGCAUCUUGUUGUCCUCAAUUGUAAGGAAGGCUACGGUAGAAAAAGUGAGCCCGAGCGACGAUUGGUUUCAACAGGGCGGAAAAGAUUUUGAUCCAAUGUUUCAAGAAGAUGAUGGAAAAACAUUCUUUUAUAGUAAAUUUUAUAAUCGAUUCACAGCUCGAUUUGAGGAUUUACCACCCGAUCCAACAUGCAAAAAUAGUUUACGUAAACAUAGAUUCUGUCCAUCAUGUGAUCGGACCAUCAAGCUUUACAUGAAAGAAAUACCGAGAGUUACUGGAAAAGUUUCAGUCAAAUCCGAAAACGUAAAGGAGGCGGAUCGCACCGAAUGGACGUCAGUGAAAUGGCGAGACUACGAAUACAAAAAAGGAUGUGGAGUGUUUCUAAGGCCGGGGACAUUUGAGCUUAGAAACAAUAUAAACCUUCAUGAGGAAAAUGCGACAGCCAAAGGACGCAAAUCGAAGAAACCAAUUGUUGACGAAGAUAUUUACCCUGAGUAUUACCGUAAACAAAAAAAUCAUGUGUGUGGUUCAAACAGCGAUACGAAAGAGCCGUUUUGUGUGGGUUAUAUAGUUGCAGUGGCUGUUGCAAGUUAUGAUCACUGGCUUGUUGCACCGCAAGAUAUUAAAAUCAAACUAAAUGUUUUGUACCGACCUGAAAACACAAGCGGAAGGUUCCCACAACGCGAAGACAUAAAUCUCGUCUAUUGGAGCGACGAGAUACGUGAAGUGCCCUUCUCCACUGUAAUGGGCCCCUGCUAUUUGUCCUACGUUGACAACAUACCUCAAACUGGUUCCAUUUACACUUGGCUUGAAGAAGACCCGAACAGAAUUUACUUUAAAAUGUCAUAUGAUAAGAAGACUGACAGAGUCAAAAAGGUUCCAGAGUAUGCUCGUGCUAUCGGACCAAGCGAACAAGGAAAUAAUGAUAAGGGAAAAGGCAAAGGAAAGUCCAGCAAACCCCUAUUGCCCGUUGCUAAAGAUGAAAAGUAUAGUAUACGUCCUUUGCGCUCCUUGGACGUAUUCGCAGGUUGCGGGGGUUUAUCAGAAGGGCUGCGACAAUCGGGUGUAGCUGAGUGUAAAUGGGCUAUAGAAAAUGACGAGGCUACCGCACACGCCUUUUCGCUUAAUAAUCAACAAUGCAAAGUUUUCAAUGAAGACUGUAAUAUCUUGUUGAAAGAUAUUUUGUCCGGCGCUACGCACAGCUCCUCCGGUGUGCGACUUCCCAUGAAAGGUGAAGUCGAACUACUCUGUGGCGGGCCGCCUUGCCAAGGGUUUUCUGGCAUGAAUAGAUUUAACUCCAGACAAUAUUCAGAUUUCCAAAACUCCCUCAUCGCGUCUUUCCUAGCUUAUUGCGAUUACUAUAGGCCAAAAUACUUCAUACUAGAGAACGUUCGAAAUUUCGUCGCCUUUAAAAAGGGCAUGGUGUUAAAAUUAACUCUCAAAGCGUUGUUGAAUAUGGGCUAUCAGUUCGCGUUUGGAAUACUGCAAGCUGGUAGUUAUGGAGUGCCUCAGACAAGACGACGGCUUAUAAUUUUUGCUGCAGCGCCUGGGUGUAAGUUGCCUUUGUUCCCGGAACCAACAAAUGUGUUUAGUGGAUCAGCUUGUUUUUUGACAUCGACGAUAGAUGGAAAGACAUUUGAAUCGAAUAUAAAGUGGUGUUUAAGUGCCCCAAGGCGUACAUGUAUCAUACGCGAUGCUAUGAGCGACCUGCCGUUUAUUUCCUAUAAUACUGACGAAAUGGAAAUAGAUUAUGGCACUAGCGCCGAGAGCUAUUUUCAGCGAUUGGUACGAAGUAGAGAGGAAAAUGCAAAAUUACGUGAUCAUAUCUGUAAAAAGAUGGCGCCGUUAGUUCAGGCUAGAAUAGACCGAAUACCGACGAAGCCCGGAUCGGACUGGCGGGACCUUCCCAAUAUUUCAGCAACUUUAUCAGACGGAACUAAGUCUAAUGUCUUAAAUUAUCGCUAUGAAGACAAGAAACAUGGCCGGUCAUCCACUGGUGCAAUGCGUGGUAUUUGCGCGUGCGCAUCGGGUCAAAACUGUAACAAGGAUAAGCAAGAGAACACUCUUAUUCCCUGGUGCCUGCCACAUACCGCCAAUAGACACAACAACUGGGCAGGAUUGUAUGGUCGUAUAGCGUGGGACGGAUACUUUAGUACAACAGUGACAGAUCCCGAGCCAAUGGGUAAACAAGGAAGGAUUCUACAUCCGGACCAAAAUCGCGUUGUAUCUGUAAGAGAAUGUGCACGAUCACAGGGAUUUCCGGAUACAUACAUACUAACAGGUUCUGUGAUGGACAAACAUCGUCAGAUUGGAAAUGCCGUUCCCCCACCCCUUGCGGCAGCGCUAGGAAGAGAAAUAAAGAAAGUUUUAAAGCCAUAA